AUGGUUGAUCGAUUGACUGAUCUCAGAGACGCUCUCGUAGGCCUGGUUCCACAUCACACUGCAGUCCAUGGCCUCGCAAAUGAGCCCUCGGGCGGCAUCGAUGAUGGACAACGUGAGAUGUUCCGUACUGGUAUACCUCAUUUGGCUCACGUUCUUAGAUUAACACUGAUUCCGGAAUUGUCGAGACAAUUGAGAAGCCGUCAUAUGACCCAAGGGUUUACAAUGGCUUACCAUAUAAGUGUGGUAACUUUGAUGUUGCAAGCAUCUCUCUGGUCAGCAACCAAUGGGUGUUUCCCAGCCAAGAUAAGAGCACUUUUCUCAGAACCUCCCGUCCAUGCCAAGAACUUGAACACACAUAUAUCCCCCCGGUCAGUGGCGGAAGCAAUGCAGGCACACGCCAGUACUUAUGGAAACACUAGCUCUUGGGAAAUCAUUACCACUGACCUCGAGCUUUCUGAAUGUGACGAUGACCAAUCUGUCAGAAAUGUGCUGGGGACAGGUCUGACUGUGUACAAUGUCUCCCAACUGAUCCAUGACAGGAUUCAGCAGAGCAGUCAGGCACCUAUGAACUACUGCUGUACACGUCAGAAACAAAGGGCAUUUCAAGUAAGCAUACGCCAAAUUCCUUCAGAUCAAUUUCAAGACCUCGUGACCUGGCUACACGGUGAUUAUACAAGCAGACAUCCUUUGCCCCAACUCCUGAUAUGGCAGUAUAAGACCGACGGUCGACGAACCUCGGCUAACUUCACGCUCUGA